CUGGUUAAAACUCACAAUCUGCUGACCACCAGGAAUUACAUCUUUGGGUACCAUCCACACGGCAUCAUGGGCUUGGGUGCCUUUUGCAACUUCAGCACAGAGGCCACAGGCGUCAGCCAGAAAUUCCCGGGGAUCCGACCGUACCUUGCUACCCUGGCUGGGAACUUCAGGAUGCCCAUUUUGAGGGACUACUUAAUGUCUGGCGGUAUAUGUCCUGUGAACCGCGACAGCAUAGACUACAUCUUGUCCAAGAACGGCAGCGGCAACGCCAUCGUCAUCGUGGUCGGAGGGGCAGCGGAGUCCCUGAACUGCACCCCGGGGAAGAACUCUGUGACGCUGAAAAACCGGAAGGGAUUUGUGAAACUGGCUCUGCGGCACGGGUGA